AUGACAAUCCACUCUGGAACUGGCCCCAGCUGGUCAGGGACCUGGUGUGAAAUCCAGAGGCAGGUUUUGGGUGCUGAUGGGGACUUGAACAGCCGCGGAACCUCUCGAGGGACUUGGAACAAAGGCGAACCCAUGGAUGGAUUUUACUCCUCCGCAGAAGGAGGUGGGCAGGAUGUGAUCAAUGGCACUGGCAGUAGGAAGAGCUGGGCAGAAGAAAGCGACCCCAAGUCGUCCUUCCAUGUGGUGGCAGCCACCCUGCUUUUCCUCCUCAUCCUCUCCACGCUCCUGGGCAACACCCUGGUGUGUGUGGCCGUGCUGAAGUUCAGACACUUGCGCUCUAAGGUCACCAAUUUCUUCGUCAUCUCCUUGGCGGUGUCCGACCUCUUUGUGGCCGUCCUGGUGAUGCCCUGGAAGGCUGCCACCGAGGUGGUGGGGUUCUGGCCUUUUGGGGCUUUCUGUGAUGUUUGGGUGGCUUUUGACAUCAUGUGCUCCACAGCCUCUAUCCUCAACUUGUGCAUCAUCAGCGUGGACCGGUACUGGGCCAUUUCCAACCCCUUCCGCUACGAGAGGAGGAUGACGCAGCGUGUGGCUUCCGUCAUGAUCGGGCUCGCUUGGCUGCUGUCCCUCUUCAUCUCUUUUGUCCCCGUGCAGCUGAGGUGGCACAAGGACCGGGAGCUCCUCAGCCAACAGGAGCCAGGUUUUAACAUCACCGGGGAGGAGGAGCACUGUGAUUUCAGCCUCAACAGGACUUACGCCAUCUCGUCUUCUCUCAUCAGCUUCUACAUCCCCGUUGCCGUCAUGCUGGUGACGUACACCCGCAUCUUCCGCAUCGCCCGGCGCCAGAUCCGCAGCAUCUCCUCCCUGGAGAGGGCGGUGGAACAUGCCCAGAGCUGCCACAGCAGCGACUGCCCUCACGAGGCUUCCCUGAAGAACUCCUUCAAGAAGGAGACCAAGGUCCUCAAAACCCUCUCCAUCAUCAUGGGCGUCUUUGUCUUCUGCUGGCUGCCCUUCUUCGUGCUCAACUGCAUGGUGCCCUUCUGUGACCCUGACCUGCAUGAGCUGGGAGAGCCGCCCUGUGUCAGCGAGACUGUCUUCAACAUCUUUGUCUGGUUUGGGUGGGCCAACUCGUCCAUCAAUCCUGUCAUCUACGCCUUCAAUGCGGACUUCAGGAGAGCUUUUGCAACCCUCUUGGGCUGUGGCUGCCUUUGCCCCAGCAAUGCAGUGGAGACGGUGAACUUCAGCAAUGAGCUGGUCUCCUACCACCACGACACCACGUGUCAGAAGGAAGUGGUGACCCUCAGCUACCACCAGCUUCUCCCCCACGUUGCUCUGCACGUGGAAAACGACGAGAUGGCCCUUGACAGGGUUUCUCAGGCCUCUGAGCCUUCUCACACCACCAGCCCUGCAGCCAUGCACGUGGAGCGUGAAGUGGCUGUCUCGCUGGAGAAGAUCACCCCUUUCACCAGCAAUGUCAAUUGA